AUGAAGGACUACCGGAUUCUGGAUUUUGCGCUCACUGGCAUCAUCUAUUUGCUAGCGUACGUGUGCGCGUUAGUCGAAGUUCACGAACGCCCAAUUCCUGCGAUUCGCAUUCGCGUGAGCUCAACAGCUGUGGUGUGGGGGUUAGACCCAUCGAUAGACAACAAGAAGCUAGCUGAGGAAGUGCCAUUGUGGCUUCUUUGGACGCUAGGAGUUGCGUUUCCAAUUGGAAUCAACCUCAUUGUGAAUUUCGUACUGCCAAUUUUUUGUCAAGUUCGAGUCAUCGCACAUGAUACCCGAGAUUUCCUCCUAAGCCUGUCCCAGUCUGUGGCUAUAGCUCAGCUCUUCACCCACUUUACGAAAAACAUCACCGGCCGCUUCCGUCCAAGUUUCUACGAUAUGUGUAAAUGGGAUUACGAAAUUAUCUGGGAUGGGAUCACCAACUUGUGCACCGAUGCAAAAGGGGACAAAGAGGGUCGACGAAGCUUCCCGUCGGGCCACGCUUCCUUUGCGUGGGCGACGAUGCUGACAUUAUCGCUGUAUCUGCUUGGUCGAUUUCGCCUGAAUGCUCCGCAUAACUGCGACUCCAAACUGCUUGAUGGCAGGAAGACUUUUCUCAUGAGUCUCUGUUGCUUACCGCUACUGCUAGCGGUGUGGAUAUGCGUGACUCGAACCAAAGACAAUUGGCAUCACUACAGUGACAUUUUGGGUGGCAGUGUUAUCGGCGUAGGCGCAGCCAAUUUUGCUUUCAAGACAAAUUACGGGUCAGUGUUCAGCAGGGAUGUUGCCGGAUUGCCUAUCGAGACCAUCCACGACCUUAAAAGGAUUGUUGCAGCAAUUCUGUCUGGCAUCAAACCUCGCUCCGAAGUGCUGCGAGAAUACCGCGUGCUAGAUUUUUCUUACAUUGUCGUCAUCUACCUGUUAGUGCUUGUAAUUGCAGCAAGUGAAGAGAAUGAGCAACCAGUCCCUGGGAUCAAAGUAUUCUUGAACUCCACGACUGAGGUCUGGUCGUUGGAUCGGUCACUAUACCACGAGAAGCUGCCCAAGCAUGCAGUGCCGUUGCGGGCCCUAAUGACGUUCGGGCUCAGCUUACCAAUUGGUAUCAACCUCGUAGUGAAUUUCGUGCUUCUAAGGUUCUGUCAGGUACGAGUCAUUGCUCACGACACGCGAGACUUCCUGCUCAGCUUUCUUCAGGCUAUACCGCUGGCCGAGUUUUCACCAUCUUCACCAUAA